AUAAUCAGCAAGGCAGCGCGGCAGAUCGGACUGAGCCUCCCGCAGCUCUACCAGCUCCUGCCCAGCGAGCUGACGCUCUGGGUGGAUCCCUACGAGGUCUCCUAUCGCAUCGGAGAGGAUGGAUCCAUCUGUGUUUUGUACGAGGCCACCAAACCCCCCAGCUCCUACGGAGGGAUGCUCACCUGCAAGAACCAGAUGAUGCUGGGCCGUACCAGCCCUUCCAAGAACUACAUCAUGACUGUCUCCAGCUAAAAAACAACAAAAAAACCAGACAAAACCCCAAAAAAACACGACAAAAAACAAAAAAAAAAAUAAUCUCCUCUUUGUCCUUACACUGCCAAGACACAGGCUACUGUAAUACCUCAAGCUGAGGAUCUAUUUUUAAGAUGAAGAGCUAUUUAUAUUUUUUAAAAAAAACCCUCCAGAAAAUCCAAAAUUAAAAUAUUGGGUGUCGCUCUGAGCCGAGGCGGCGCCCCAGGUGCCUUUUCUAAAGCUGUUGCAAGCUUGUGAGUUUUGUUUUUUGGUUUUUUUAAUAAUAAUUAUUAUUGUGAAGCUGA